AUCUUCCUCCGACAGAUUUUUUUUUCCUUUUAGUCGCCAUGAGAGCGAAGGGACGCACAUUUUCUGACGAGCGAAGUGUUAGGGUUUAGGGUUUGGGGAAGGAUAGAAGAAGAAGAAAAGUGAGACCGACGGCUCGAAGGUUCCUUCCUUCAGGCCUUCUUAGGGUUCAGGUUUAGUUUAGUGUGGCUCAUCGGGGGAGAGGUUCGGUGGUUUGUGAGUGGAUGAGGAGAGACUGAGCUAUGAAAGAUUGCCGAUCGUUGAAGAUUCGAGAUUGCGUUUGUUUCUGUAGUAAGGUUAUUCAGGGUUUGUGGUUUUUGGGUUAAUAUUUGAAUAAAAGAAAGGAGUAAGAUGCCAUUUUCGGGUUGUCCUUUGAGGGUGAAGAUUGCUCUCCAAUUGGCGGUCAGGGUCAGGGGGGUUCAGAAUCCGCUGCGGUUGUUUAGCCGGAGAGGGGGUUCGUGGUCUGUGAGCUCGGGAUUGUCUCCGUCUUCCUUCUCGUCGACUCUUGUGACAUCUGAGACGAGGCUCUCUUCUGUAGGGUUGCAGAAGCAGAGCCUUCCUGCGGGCAAUCUGUUCUCUGAAGGUGUGAUCGAUCGACCAAGGGCGAUCUCGGUUGUUGCGGCAUCUUUUUGCCAGCUUGGGAUUUUCCGUGCUGAUCAACUAUUGGCGGAGUCUGGUGGUCAUAGUUUUACCAUUCCAAGGCCAAACCAAGGGGAGGUUAUGGCUACGACCAGUUCCGUUCUGAUGAGGGUCGAAUCGCCUCCGGCGUCUGUAUACACAUUGGGUUUGGGGAAGGCCUGUGGGCAGCCAAUUUGCAGAUUACACACAGGACGUUCGCCUGUUGUUGCUACUGGUGGCACGAAGCUGUUUAGUUGUAAUGGGAAAGUUACUGGAAGUAUGAAGAACCGUGGACAGGCGGGAAGAAAUAUGUUCUACCAUUUUAGCUUAUUCGGCCUUUCUGGUUCUCAAAGUGCGUCUAAUCCGUUUGCAAAUACCGAAAGGAAGGAUUUCCAUUCUUCAAGUUCUGCGGUACAUUCUGCGGGGGCAGCCCCUGAUGUGUCUUUUGAUGGAGUUGCACCCGUGGAUCGGACAGAUAGUUCUGCAGUUUCUCCAGAACAAAAGAUUUUAGGUGAUAGAAUCCUCAAGCUUGUCUCUGGAUCGUGCUACCUUCCACAUCCAGCAAAGGAAGAAACAGGUGGAGAAGAUGCACAUUUCAUUUGUGUUGAUGAACAAGCUAUUGGUGUUGCAGAUGGUGUUGGUGGUUGGGCUGAUCUAGGCAUCGAUGCUGGCCAGUAUGCUAGAGAACUGAUGUCUCAUUCUGUGGCAGCAAUCCAACAGGAACCCAAAGGUUCAAUAGAUCCAGCAAGGGUUCUGGAGAAAGCUCACUCAAGCACCAAAGCUAGAGGGUCCUCAACUGCUUGCAUUGUUGCUCUCACAGAUCAGGGCGUACAUGCUGUGAAUCUAGGUGAUAGUGGAUUUAUAGUUGUAAGGGAUGGGUGCACCAUCUUCCGUUCCCCUGUUCAGCAGCAUGAUUUCAAUUUCACUUACCAGCUGGAAAGCGGGAACCGCGGUGACCUUCCUAGUUCUGGUCAGGUGUUCACGAUUCCCGUUGCACCAGGGGAUGUGGUGGUCGCCGGGACGGAUGGGCUAUUUGAUAACUUGUACAACAGUGAAGUGACAGCGGUUAUUGUUCAUGCAAUUAGAGCUGGCUUAGGGCCGCAAGUGACUGCACAGAAGAUAGCAGCACUUGCAAGGCAACGAGCACAGGACCAAAACCGGCAAACCCCAUUUUCAACUGCUGCACAGGAGGCUGGAUUUCGGUACUAUGGAGGCAAGCUGGACGAUAUCACUGUUGUUGUUUCUUACAUAACGAGCUCGAGCACAUAGAAAGCUGCCAUCUUCCAUGUAUAGUCUCUUGAAAAGCUGGAGGGGAGGGGUCUGAUACCUGCAGAUUGUUGGUGGUUCUCCACGAAACAUCUAUUUCAUACUUUAUUCUUGCCUUCAGUUGGAUCUGAGCGACUUUGAUGAGGCCUCUUUAGCGUUGUAAAAAGCAUCUCGUGAAUCAAAAAAACUUCAGCCUA